GGGAGUUCCGACCAAGGCGAUCGCGUUUGAUACCCGGCCAUCGGCUUCGAAGCGAAUUCCUGACGAGUUCUUUUGUACCUGACGCCUCAGCUCCAUCAUGUCGAGUAUGCUGAGCCCGCCCUCGGUGGGCGAGCACUUGCUCGUGACUGUGCCUGCGCCGCACGUGCUCAUGCUCACGCUGAACCGUCCCAAGCAGUUGAAUAGCAUGACCAAGGACCUAGAGUUGGACCUUGGACGCGUUUUGGACUGGUUCGAAGACGAGCCAGCGCUAUGGGUGGGCAUCAUCACGGGGCGCGGCCGCGCAUUUUGCGCCGGACAGGAUCUUAAAUCAUGGCAAGACGAAGCAGCCGCACGGCGACGCUUGGCCUCGUCGUCAUCGGAACAGGAGCAGUACGCGCAAUUAGCCGACGGCACGCGCGUCCCGCUGCAGCCGCUUUCAGAAUCGCAGAUCAGCGUCGACCGGCUGCGCAAAGGCGGGUUCGGGAGCAUCAGUUCGCGGCGCAGCAGCAAGCCCAUCAUCGCUGCCAUUGACGGAAUCUGCAUGGGCGGAGGUAUGGAGGUCCUGCUCAACUGCGAUCUCGCCGUCGCUACGGACCGCUCGCGCUUUGCGCUGCCAGAGGUCUCGCGGGGAGUCAUCGCUGCGCAGGGUGGCAUUGCUCGGGUGGCCAAGGUCAGCGGGCAUCACCGCGCCUCCGAAUUGCUGCUCACCGGCUCGGCUGUCUCGGCCGCAGAGCUCUACUCCAAGUACCAGCUGCUGAACAGCGUCGUGCACCUCCCUCCGUCUGCGAGCUUGGAAGCAGGCCAAGUAGCCGUCGAACGCGCCGCGGUGGCGCUCGCUGCGCGCCUCUGCGAAAACUCGCCCGACGCGCUGCUCGUCACAAAAGAGGCGCUCAACGCGGCGAGAGAUUACCCAGGUCCCACCGGCGCGAAUGCUGUGCUGAUCAACGGACAGAAGCGCCAGGGCAAUUUGGAGGAUCUGGCCGUCGAGGCAUACACGACCACGCGCGCUCGAGCGCUGUACGUUGGCGAGAACAUCAACGAGGGCCUCACAGCGUUCCGAGAGAAACGCGCACCGCGAUGGCGCGAUCCUGUCCAAUUCCAGCGGCAGGAACGCAAUGCGGGCAAGCUGUGAGGCGCAAGAGAGGGUAUCCGGCGAGCAAGCCAGGCGUUUUGCUGUCUGUAAAUCAAGCAGUGCAGGAAGCAAGGCAGAGCGUAGUAACGCUGACUCGCGUAGGUGGAUCAUAGCACAAUACGAUACACAGCACAAAUGCCAUCUGGUACACAAACCAAAGCCUUCGUCGCAUUUUUUUUUUUAAUUUCUGCUUUCGAAAGUAAACAAAUCUUCGGUAUAUUGUACAACUACAAAAGAAUGCCAGCG